UUUAUAGUCCGUUCAGUCAUAACUUUCCGUGACAACGAUGACGUUCUCGUCAUCGCAAUGACUUUCUAAAUAAAAACGAGACGUAUAUUAGGCUUAAUCGUCUCAAUUCUUUACCAAUUUAAAAGUAUGAACGCUUACUUAAUGCGAAGUUGAAAAAUAUAUAGUGACAAACACAUUGUUAAUUUCCAACGAUGUGAAUUACACGUCGUUUUAAUAAACCAUUCGCGAGUGUUUCUUUUUUAAUAUUGUAGCGAUUAAUUUUCGAUCGACGAUAUGCCUACCAUCACAGAGACUGAAGGACCUAACCUCUCCUGCAAUAUUCAGGUCUCGCCUGCGAGACAUAACAACGCUAAAAAAUAGGAAACAGAUGCUUAGGUGAGCCAUGACGAUCAGGUGUAGAGAAUUCGUAGAUCGGAGUUAUCAGAAAAAGUGUAAAAAUAAAAUAUCCGAAGAUGAAUACCUUUCUGAAGAGGGUUCAUUCGAGGACAAGCAGACGAAACAAUGUGGUGAAGGAUUCUCUGCAGAAGCAACUGAAUUUGAGCGUGAUGGAGAUGCAGGGAACAGCUGGGGCGAGCGAGGGCAUGCCGGUUGGAAACUGCGACGAGUCGAUGACGCUCUGUUCGGUGCUGGAGGCGAUCUUUCUCCAUGGCUUGAAGGACAGUCUGUUGAAUAGAGUGACGGAAGUGUUGAGCGGUCCUGACUUCGAGGCAAUGCCGCAACCGAGUUUCUGGGGUCCGCUGUUGGUAUUUUCCCAUCGAGAAAUAAUAGAUCAGAUUCAAGGGAUGUCACAAAUAACGAGCGAAGUGGGCUACUGCAGAGCUUGGAUUCGUUUGGCCAUGAACCAAGGAUUACUCUCGAGUUACCUCGCCUCUAUACGCCGUGACAAUUCUGCCCUGAAGCCUUACUACGAGAGAGCGGCUUUCAUAAGAGAUCCUGAUCUCGUUGACGUAGCUCAGCGUCUCGUCGAGAGCUUGGAUUACGUGAACUUCGAGCUCGCUUGUAACAGCAGCCUCCUGAACUUUUGGUCGAACACGCCUCUUCUCAUGGCAGCGAUUUGGGCACCCCCGAUGAAAUCGUGUCCCGUUUUCAGCGCCGUCGAUAUAGCCAAAACGAUAAUAAGCGACGUCUCAGCGAACGACAAUAUCGAGGACAUCGAAACCGCCAGUUCGAUCGGGAGCUUGAGCUCCUUCAAUUCGUCCCAAUCGAUGCUCAACAAUAUUUCCAGCUUCAGCGAAGACGACGCUUUCAAAAUGAUAUUGAAGCGAGACGUCGACGACUCGCCGGGUGCAGGUGCCCGCGAAAAUAAUUCUCCGAGCGCUCGACCCGCUGCCAAAGUUUAUAGGCUCAAAAAGAGAAAAGAAGAGGAAAUUAGGACGGACGAGGCGCUUCCCUCCGCGAGUAAAAGUAUCAAAAGUAGGGAAAAAGUGCUGGCAGAACUGGCCGGUAGCCGUGAAACGAUCAACGAAGAAUCCGAACGGGCCUCAACGAGAGACAAUGAAAUUUUGAGCUCCGAGAACGAGACUACGAAAAAUGGAGACACUUCCGAUGAGCCCGAAAUAGCGAAGGACAUUGAAAAACUCGAUGUCGCCGGACUCGGAACGAUCGGCAAUUCGUUAGUCGGUCGACCGGGAUGGUCCACUUCGUUGGAGGACGGUGAAUCUUCGAUGACUGCCUCGGUAAUCUCUCAAACUUCUGUGAAAACACCUGGCGAGGGUAGCACUUACGAUGCUCUCAUCAAGAGCUAUCGUCCCACCGGAUAUACGACUUCACCCGAUCUCGAUGAAUUCCUCGACAAGUAUAACAACGGAGAAGAACCUGUUAAAAGCGAACCAAAACCGAAACCGGAAAUCAAGGUACUGGAUAAUCUGGAAGAUCAAAUAGGAAUUUUACCACAAGAGAAAGGUUUGGACGUGCAGAAUUACAGCUGUUUCGACUGCGCUCAUCCGAUUGGAAUGACCUUUUCGAAAGCGCACGUUUGUUCGUUCAGCGGUAAUUAUUACUGCGCAACUUGCAUGGCGAACGAAGAAUUUUUCAUACCGUCGAGGAUCAUCCACAAUUGGGAUUUGAAGCAAUAUCCGGUUUGUCGUCGCGUCGCCAAGUAUCUGACCGAUUGUCCGACUUUGCUCAAUCUCAAAACCCUCAAUCCACGUAUUUACACGGCGGUCGAUAGCAUGGCGCAAUUACAGUCGUUGAGAAUACGCCUCAAUUUACUGCGAGCUUAUCUCUUCACUUGUCGAGAGCCUGUCAUCGAAUCUCUCCAGAAGAGGGUCGCACCCCGCGAAUAUCUUUACGAGCACGUUCAUCAGUACUCGGUCUCCGAUCUCCUCGACGUCCCGUCGGGCGCACUGGCCCAACAACUUCAAAAGAUCGUUGAAUUGGCCAGACAACACGUUCUCAACUGCUGGCUCUGUAGCCAAAAAGGUUUCAUCUGCGAAGUCUGCAACAAUCCCAAAGUCAUUUAUCCCUUCGACAUGGAAUCGACCUACAGGUGUAACGCUUGCAACGCUGUAUUCCACGCGGAUUGUCUGAGCUCCAGCAAGCCUUGUCCGAAAUGCAAACGCAGGCGUAAGCGAGUGGAUCGACCACCGCCUGAGAUUGACGACGUCGAUUUUGUCAACAGCGAUGCACAGGCGGUCCCAUCGAGCAGCGCAAUUUAAAAAUUAUUCGUUCAGUCGAGUUUUUCCUUUCGAGGAAAUACACGACGAUACAAAUCGCGAGACGAUUACAGUAUUUUAUGAAACAAACAAACAAACGUGUACAUUAUGUAGGAAACGGAAAAGAAAAUUGGAACUUGUACAUUGGAGGUGAAUUUGUAUAUCUAGGGUUGGAAGACCGAGUUGAAAGGUUGUCUGCGUUUACGAUCUAAUCGUAUUGACAGAAAAACGAAAUAAAUUUUUACAUAUAAAA